AUGAUUGAUUUGAAUGAUUUAGUGGAUGAAAGAGCCUUCGGUCACGAUGUCGAAUCUUUACGAGCAGCAAAUGAAUACCUCGAACGAUUACUCUUUGCGACAGCCAGGAAACAUAAUCAGGUAUGGGAAGAGUUAGAAUCAAUGAAAGAAUCGUCUGGUAUUUACGACAAAUCAUUACCAUUCCUCUCAUUUCCUCGGGAAGUCCGCGAUCAAAUUUAUAAACACGCUCUUCAAGCAACUCGCGAAGCCUUCGUUGGAGUUCGACAUAUUAGAAUGCUAUCCUGCGACACGUUUCCGGACUCAACACAUUAUCCAUUCAAACCACCUACGCCUGGUUUACUUCUAGUCAACAAACAAAUAUACGAAGAAGCGGUGCAAGUCUUAUACUCAUGCAACAAUUUCUCCUUCCAUAGACCGAGAGAGCUUUUCGAUUUCCAAAACCAAGUCGGAGUGUACAAUUGUGGGCUGGUACGACAAAUGAAGAUAUCCGUUGUGUUCGAAGACGAAUCUAUGUUUACGCCCGCGGAAUAUGUGGCACCAUGUAAUUACGAAAAUAUCCCUUCGCACUGGGCGAAAGCGUUGUUGGAAUCGAGACUGAUGAGUAAUAUUGCUGGGAUGCAAAUUGAUGCCAGUUCUGGAUUACAUGAUUUGAUGACAAUGCCCCCAUCAUUAUACCGCGCAAUCAUCGCCACAUUUUCGCGGAACCGAAGCUUGAAAACGUCACCGGAAUUGAUUUUGAAAGGAUUCCAGACUCAAGAGGUGGAUAAAUUUCCUAAACAUUGGAAAAAGUCGACAGAGCAGUGGUUGCAAGUAGAAUGGGCAUCGAACGAGCAAGAGCUGGAUGAAUCAGAACCUUUUUGGAAUUCUUCGGAGGCCGAUCAUGCGGAAACGCUUAGUUCAUGGGACGAGAGAGAAACAUCUGAUAAUGAGGACAGGGAAUCGUUUGACGAAGGUUCAUCUUAUCUUGGAGGAGGAGGCUCGAGCACUGGAAAAGGAAACGUACCGACUUUAUUCAACGAACUCGGAGAGUUGAUGGGAUCGGACUAUACGGAUUCAGACACGGAUUCAGAUGUAGGCUCGGAAGAUUCGUUCUAUACGGCGGCACCGUGGAAUGAUGUCAAGGAAGUGUUAUUGCAGUUUCGAAGUUUUCAGGAAGCUGGUCAAAGACAACAAGGAGGUCUUUUGAGCAUUUGA